GAGGCGGGCGCCUUCCUGGAAAAGAAGUGGGUCGGGCUCAGCCGAAAAGCAAACCCAGCACCAGCAGAAGCUUCCGGAACUGGAUGUAAAAAGACCUUUCUUCCUGGAGCUUUCCGGACUCAAUUAGAUGUUGUACCAGUCUGGUUACCCUGGUAACAGGCGUCGCCGUUUGUCAAGAAACCGAGAGAAGAGACUUAAGAGGCCUAUUCCUCUCAAUCAUGGAGUCAUCCUCAAAGGGUCUGCUCACCGAAGUUACUCAAUUCUGGAACCUCCUAGAUGAUCUGGCUGAAAGUAACCCUGAGAGCUAUGAGAAGUUCAUUCAACAGCAGAUGAAAGAGGGGAAACAGCUCUGUGCUGCCCCAGAACCACAGUUCUGUCUACAAACCAGGAUCCUGAAACCGAAAGAAAAAAUACUUUUUAUCAACCUAUGUCAGUGGAAAAGGAUCCCAGCUCCCCAGUCAGCCACUCAUCCAGUACCUCUACGUGUUGGCAGACCAGAAGAUAUGUCUGAGACAUCAGAUGUUUACACAGUCAUUGAUGUUGCCUACCAUCCUGAUGUUCUCCAGGCAGCAGAAAAAGACCAAGUGAAAAAAGAUCAACUAAUACAGAUGGCCAUGAAAUGCAUUGAGGAAAAACUCCAAUUCACUCUCUCAAACUCUUACCAUGUUACCAAAUUUAGAAUAAAAGGAAGUGUUCACAGAAUGAAACAAAAUCUGAUGGGAAUCCAAACUGAUUCCACAGAUUUAAGAGAGAAAAUGAGAAAGGAACUAACCCUUGAACAGAUAAGAAGCAGUACUGUGAGCAAUUCAGAUCAGUUUCCUCAACUUUUACUGCCAAAAGACGAAGUUUCAAGUAAAACAAGGUGUCUGAUAGAAGAGAUUUCUAGUACAGAGAUUGAAGUGGAGAUGAAGAGACCAGCCUAUGAAUUAAAAAUUGUGGCAGAUCAGAAUGAGAAACCUCUGAAAAUUGAAUUAAAAGUUGAACUACCUGGUAUUAAUUCAGUAUCUCACUGUGACCUUAGUAUUUCUGAGGAUGACUUAUUGAUCGAGGUUUCUGAGUACAGAUUACAUCUGAAUCUUCCAGAAUCUGUGGAUACUGAAAUGACUACAGCAAAAUUUAUCAAAGAGAAAGCUACAUUAAUUGUCACAAUGCCAUUGGUGUAAGUUAAGAGCAUCGUGUAUUUGGAGUUUUUGGAGUUUUCAGUGAUAAAGUCAUGUGAACUAGAGGGCCUUCAUUAUGGGUGAAGAGGUUUAUCUUAAACACUAGUUUCAUUUUCUAAGAGUUCCUUUUGAUGGAAUGAGAUUUUCUCAUCAGCCGUUUUUUUUUGUUUUGUUUUGUUUUAAUUCUUUCUCCUUCUCAAGUAAACUUAGCAUCAAGCAGAAACUACUGAAAACAG